AACUAAAGCCAUUUUGGGGACGGUGGUGUCAGUUUCCCGAAGCAGCACCUUCCUUAACCAGCGCUGAACGGGAACAGAAUAGCGAUCUUUACCGGGAUUUUACCAUUAACCUUUUUUCGCUGUUGUUUUUGUUGUUGUUAUUGUUCUGAGAUCUGUAUGUGGAUUCCGCACCGCUUGUGGAUCGGAUCGGAUCGGUGUGCGGGGAUUUGUGGUGUAAUUGUUUCUCUUUUUUUUUUUUGUCUGCGCGUGUGAAAAGGCGUUCUCUCACCGAGGCUGCGAUGAGCGCUUCGGCUUUGCUACGUUAGAACCGCUGCAACUGACAGGCAGUGUGCACUUCACUCCAAGAUGGCCGCUUGGUGCUUAACGCUGGUUUUUUGCUGAUCCGCUCUCAAGUUUCGUCGUGUGCUUUAUAAAAAAAAAAGCUGGUGAACGAGCGACUCUCGCGAAGCAGAGCAGGUAAGCGAGCCUCAUGACGAUGCACCGAACCACGCGUAUAAAGAUCACGGAGCUGAACCCGCAUCUGAUGUGCGUGUUAUGCGGCGGUUACUUUAUCGACGCGACCACCAUUGUUGAGUGUCUUCAUUCGUUCUGUAAAAUGUGCAUCGUGCGGUAUUUAGAGACCAGUAAAUACUGUCCCAUAUGUGACGUACAAGUCCACAAAACCAAACCACUGCUCAAUAUCAGGUCGGAUAAAACCCUUCAGGACAUUGUGUACAAGCUGGUGCCUGGUCUGUUCAAAAAUGAAAUGAAACGAAGACGAGAUUUUUAUGCAGCGCAUCCAUCUGUUGAAGCAACUAAAGGAUCGAAUGAGGAUCGGGGAGAAGUAGCUGACGAGGACAAGAGAAUCAUUGCUGAUGAUGAGCUCAUUAGUCUGUCGAUUGAGUUUUUUGAUCAGAACAGAUUUGGAAGUGGUGAUGGAGAACAUAAAGAACCCAUAAAAGAGACGACUGUAAAGCGAUAUCUGCAAUGCCCGGCUGCUAUGACUGUGAUGCAUCUCAGAAAAUUUCUCCGAAGUAAGAUGGAUAUUCCGUGUAACUUCCAGAUUGAGGUCAUGUAUGAAGACGAGCCUCUGAAGGAUUAUUACACAUUAAUGGACAUUGCCUAUAUCUACACCUGGAGGCGGAACGGCCCGCUGCCUCUGAAGUACAGGGUUCGUCCCGGUUGUAAGAAGUUGAAGCUGAGCAGCGCUCCGAGCUGUGAGACGGCAGGUCGGAAACCCGAAACUGAGAGCGACUCGGGAAGUGAAAAGCUCAGCAGCCCAGUCCAUCACACUCCUACACCUUCCACAUCCUCGUCUCUCAUUCAGAGUCAGAGUGCUCCGGUCAAAUCCUCACACUCAAGCUUCUCGCAUCUCUCACCUGUCAACGGAGUGUCCAACAAAUCAGGCCCUAAUGGUCAAGUCUCAUUCAGCAGCAAAGCCAGCAAGGGCUCGGUCAAUGGCUCCAACUCUCUGGGGUGACGAAAGGACUAAUGGACACAAAAAUCUGUGGAAGAGAAGAGCCGCAAACUCGGACGCUUUAAAGUUUGUAUAGGAACUUCAGCGAGCGAGCGUUGGAUUUCGUACGUAGAAAAGCUACGACCGCUAACUCGGUCCCUUACGAGUCAGCACAUGCAACUUUUUAUGACUUUUUGCAAUUGGGAGCUGUUUUUCGAAAGGUUUCAUUACCGAACCACCGUUUUCCGUUUGUAUUAUGUAUGUUUAAGUAUGUAUGACUUCUUAUGUUUCUGUUUAAUUACUAAACUUUCAUCGGUUGAAUAAAAAUCAUGAAGUAUAUUUUGUGCAUGAAGAACCCAGGGUGAAUGCCGGGAAUCUUCUGUUGUAUAAACUCCAAAUCAUUCAUGUAGGUUAGGGCAAUCGGUGUGUAGGAGAUGAUUUUCUUUUCUUUCAACAGGAAGCAGUGUUAAAGGACGAUUAAAAAUGAAAGGUUUUUCUCAUAUUUUACUGAAACGUUAAGCUACGUCUACUUUUCAUAUAUCUGGGGGGGGGGAGGGGGGGAUGAAGGAUCAACUAGGAACUUUUGGAUGUUCUUGUUGAAAUGAAUCCAAAUUAGAGUUCCUUAGGAAGCUUCCUCAAAUGGUUCAGUUUAACCGGCUUCAGUAACCACGAUGAAGUAUGACCUUCGGACAGGUGGCUUCCUUUCUUCUCACAUCAGUGGACGUUAGAAAUGACCAGAUUAGAUUGAUUUCUCAUGCCUUAGCACAUUUCAGUGUAUUUUUUUGGCCCAAGAGGACACGUCAGUUUAUGUCUUUUGUGCUCCAGAACUGUCUUGACAAUUAUUUUUGGCCGACACUUUCAGGCCUGUGUAUUGUUUUCUGCUGUACAAUAUAAAACCUGUAUCUGAAUUAAACAUUUU